GAUGGUUACCGAUUUGGAAAACGAAAGAUGAGUAAUUUCGUGUACAGAAUCAGUACUGCGCAGGAGUGGGAGGAGUUGCAGAAAAAUGGGUCCACUUUUGGUGGAGAGCUUGAUAAGUCUUCCGGUUUCAUCCAUCUCAGCAAGCUCGAGCAGGUUCUGUCAACACUGCAGAAUUUUUUCUUGAACAGCAAGUUGGAACUCUACCUGCUUCAAAUUGAUGCUAAAAAGCUUGGCGAUGGUUUGAUUUAUGAAAUUGUGGAUGGUUCAAAUAGCUUCCCUCAUUUCUAUGGCCCAUCUAGAAGCUUUGUUCCUCUCUUACUUGAUGCUGUAACAAAGGCGGAGAAGCUGAUUCCUUCAGAUGGUGGAUUCAGUUGUAGUUUGCUUGAUUAAGUACUCUCCUGAUCGUACGUCAUCUUCUUCUUGUCUCAUUUUCUUUGUAUUGUGUGAGGGUGUAGCGGGAAUGCUUGCUGCCUAUCUAUCUCUGUAAUUGAUAUAUCGAACUUUAAUCCUUUCUUAUCGAAGGAAAUGGAUGCUGUUAUAUUACUGUUAGAAUCCUAUAUGGCUUCAUAGUUCGUAUUUUGUUUA